AUAAAAUGGCUGAUAAACUUACACGGUAUGUGUCUCCCCCGUCAUUGUAAGGGUUGUAUGGUGGAAGGCGCUAAACCAUUUUCCCCCCACUCGACAGUAUUGCCAUCGUGAGCACGGAUAAGGUGUGUUCCUCCUGAGUUAUUCUCAUAUGGGGAUGACAACCGCUAACUAGUUUUUCCUCCGUAGUGUAAACCAAAGGUAUGCAAUUCGCGAUUCCCAGUUUUAUAGUGGCUGCGAAACAAACAACUAGGUUUUUCUGAUAACCACAACCACAGAAAUGUCGGCAAGAAUGCAAAAAGUCGUGUCCGGUUGUCAGAACAGGAAGGCUGUGCAUCGAGGUCACACCGGAGUCUAGGAUCGCCUUUAUCUCUGAGCAACUGUGCAUAGGUUGUGGUAUCUGCCCGAAGAAGUGUCCUUUUGGAGGUAUAUCAAUUUGUCCUAAAGAAAGUGCUGUGGGGAGAAACAUUGGCUGGACUCACCUCUUUCAACAGCGAUUCACAUCAUCAAUCUUCCAACCAACCUCGAAACUCAAGUCACCCAUCGUUACUCUGCGAAUUCGUUCAAGCUCCACAGAUUACCCACCCCCCGUCCUGGCCAGGUCCUUGGUCUUGUCGGAACGAACGGUAUCGGAAAGUCCACCGCUUUGAAGAUUCUUUCCGGAAAGCAAAAACCAAAUUUAGGCCGCUAUGAUAAUCCCCCGGAUUGGAACGAAACAUUGGCCUACUUCCGCGGCUCAGAAUUGCAGAACUACUUGACAAAGGUCGUGGAGGAUAAUAUUAAGGCAGUAGUCAAACCUCAGUAUGUUGAUAAGCUACCAUCGGCGAUCCGGGGGACUGUGAGGUCUGUGAGUGCAUUGCUUAAGGCUCAGUGCGCGCGGGGGGAUGAAGUAAUGAAAGCUAUGAUCGACGUUCUUGGUACGCCCGGAUUUCGGCUGCAUUUGGAAAAUCCGACUAACGGUUGCAGAUCUGAGUCCUGUUUUGGAUCGUGAUGUUGAACAGCUUUCUGGUGGAGAGUUGCAAAGAUUUGCUAUCGCUGUCGCGUGUGUGCAAAAGGCGGAUGUGUAAGUUCAUUCAGCAUCCAUUAUUGCCACAGCUGUGCUAAUAAUUUUGUAGUUACAUGUUCGAUGAGCCCUCGUCUUAUCUCGAUGUCAAACAACGCUUGAAGGCUGCUGCAACCAUCCGUGGCUUGACUAGACCUGACAACUACGUUAUUGUUGUGGAGCACGAUUUGUCGGUCUUGGACUAUCUCUCAGAUUUCAUCUGCGUCCUUUAUGGGAAGCCUUCGGUCUAUGGUGUCGUGACUCUGCCAGCAUCUGUUCGUGAAGGGAUCAACAUCUUCUUGGACGGCAAAAUCCCUACCGAGAAUCUUCGUUUCCGUGAAGAGUCCCUUCAGUUCAGGAUCGCCGAGGCGGGAGAUGAGUUUAUGGUUGAUAGGUCACGGUCAUUCGGAUAUCCAGCCAUGAACAAGACUCUCGGAAAUUUCCAUCUACACGUUAAUAAAGGAGAAUUUACUGAUUCAGAAAUUAUUGUUAUGAUGGGAGAGAACGGAACCGGAAAAACAACAUUCUGUCGCAUGCUUGCCGGUGUAGAGGCUCCAGACGACAAUAAAAAGAUCCCCAAGAUGAGCAUCUCCAUGAAGCCACAGAAGAUCACUCCCAAGUUCCCUGGAACUGUGCGAGAACUAUUCUUGAAGCGGAUCAGAUCCUCAUUCCUCAAUCCCCAGUUCCAAACGGAUGUUUACAAGCCGCUGCAUAUCGAUGACUUUAUCGACCAGGAGGUAAAGCACCUGUCUGGAGGAGAACUGCAACGGGUCGCCAUCGUCCUUGCCCUCGGUAUGCCCGCCGAUAUCUACCUUAUCGACGAGCCAUCUGCCUAUCUAGAUUCAGAACAGCGUAUCAUUGCGGCCCGUGUCAUCAAACGAUUUAUCAUGCAUGCCAAGAAGACCGCAUUCGUUGUCGAGCACGAUUUUAUUAUGGCUACAUAUCUUGCAGAUCGUGUUAUCGUCUUUGAGGGUAAACCUUCCGUCGAUGCCAUAGCCACCACUCCACAGAGCUUGUUGACUGGAUGUAACGCCUUCCUGAAAUCACUCGAUGUCACAUUCCGUAGAGAUCAGAAUACCUUUAGGCCUAGAAUCAACAAGCUGAAUUCGCAACUUGACCAGGAACAGAAGUUGAGCGGAAACUACUUCUUCUUGGAAGGCAUGUUACGACUCCCUAUAUCCUUCAAGAGAUGUGCUAACAUGGCAGUAGAUUGA